CACUCUCAAACCAAUCUCCUCAACGUCUCUAUUUGUAUAAAUAACGCUGGAUUUCUCAUUAAACACAACAAAUAAAUUAAAGAUAUCUAGCUAGCUAAGUAGACAACGUAGCUAUGGAGGUUGAGAGAGUUCAAGCCAUUGCUUCCUUGUCUUUGAGCUCCAAUACAAUCCCCGCGGAGUUCAUCAUGCCCGAGACCGAGCAGCCAGCGGCCACCACAUUCCGCGGCCCCAUUCCCGAGAUACCCACCGUCGAUUUCAGCGAUCCCGACGAGCAAAACCUAGUCCGCCGCGUGGUGGAGGCGAGCAAAGAGUGGGGUUUCUUUCAGGCGUUGAACCACGGCAUCCCUGCCGAGGUCAUACGAAGGCUGCAGGAGGUGGGGACGGAGUUUUUCCGGCUGCCGCAGGAGGAGAAAGAGUUUUACGCCAAGCCGGUCGAUGCCAAGUCCAUUGAAGGGUACGGGACAAAGCUCCAAAAGGACCAGAAUGGAAAGAAAUCAUGGGCUGAUCAUCUCUUCCACAAGAUAUGGCCUCCCUCUCGCAUCAACUACCAAUUUUGGCCCAAAAAUUCACCCACUUACAGAGAGGCAAACGAGGAAUACGCAAAGCAUGUAAGAGAGGUGGCGGAUAAGGUGUUCAGGAGUCUGUCGAUAGGGUUAGGAAUGGAAGCCCACAUUCUCAAAGAGGCAGUGGGAGGGGAGGAGUUAGAGUACAUGAUGAAGAUCAAUUACUAUCCGACGUGUCCGCGGCCCGAUCUCGCACUCGGAGUUCCGCCGCACACUGACUUGUCGUCGCUAACAAUUCUGGUUCCGAACGAGGUUCCUGGUCUUCAAGUUCUCAAAGACAAUCACUGGAUCGACGCUAAAUACAUUCCUAAUGCGCUUAUCAUUCACAUUGGCGAUCAAAUUGAGAUUGCAAGCAAUGGGUACUACAAGAGCGUGCUGCACAGAACGACAGUGGAUAAGGAAAAGGCAAGGAUGUCAUGGCCUGUAUUCUUAGAGCCACCGCCUGAGUGUGUGGUAGGACCCAUACCCCAGCUUCUCAACGACCAAAACCCUCCAAAAUACAAGUCUAAGAUGUUCAAGGACUACGCCUACUGCAAGCUCAACAAGCUUCCCCAGUGAUCCAUCCAUCCAUGCAUGUCUUUUAAUUGCCUAUAUUAAUAUAUUAACGCACUACUAUUGCUUCUCUAAUAUUUACUUAGUUUGUUAAUUUUCUCAAUAUAUAUGAUUCCCGUAUCUGUGUUAUUGCUCAUAUAUUGUAAUUGUAACAAUUGAAAGGUCCGUUUUGGUUCGGUUGC